AACACUUAACAACAAAGUUGAUUCUGUGUAGGGUUGGAGGCUAGACAGUUCUACAAGUUUUUAGUCACAUUUUCCAUGUCAGUUAAAUCUAGGGAGUUCAAGGCUACUGGAAAAAUUAGUCUCAUUACUGAAAGAAACUUAGAGAAGGAGGGAGGGAAGGAGGUACAAGAGUCCAGGAGGUACCUUUGGGCUGCAGAAGUGAUUGUAAAAUACCAGACCUGGUCUUUUCUUUUCUUUCUUUUUCUUUUUUUUUUUUUAAACUAAGAGCUAGUUUCACAAUCUUCUGGUCUUAAAACACUGAGGCAAAUGCUCAAAGAUUUAUUUUCUUUCUAAUCUUGCUGAUGAAAAAGAAGUUACUAGAAAGAAAGGAAGAAAAAAUUUGAUCUGGUGACUGCAGGAGGCCAUACGUUGCUGGUUUUAUUCUACAGAUAAUGAUUUAUGAGGAAUCCAAGAUGAAUUUGGAGCAGGAGAGGCCAUUUGUCUGCAGUGCUCCAGGCUGCUCCCAGCGCUUCCCAACGGAGGACCAUCUGAUGAUUCACAGGCACAAGCAUGAAAUGACUCUGAAGUUUCCCUCAAUAAAAACAGACAAUAUGUUAUCAGAUCAAACUCCGACUCCUACGAGAUUCCUGAAGAAUUGUGAGGAGGUGGGCCUCUUCAGCGAGCUGGAUUGCUCCUUUGAGCAAGAGUUCAGGAAGGCUCAAGAGGAAGAGAGCAGCAAGAGGAAUAUCUCCAUGCAUAAUGCAGUUGGUGGGACCAUGACAGGGCCUGGAGCGCACCAGCUGGGCAGUACCCGGAUGCCCAACCAUGACACCAGCGUUGUGAUUCAACAAGCCAUGCCAUCGCCCCAGUCCAGCUCUGUCAUCACACAGGCACCUUCUACCAACCGUCAAAUCGGGCCUGUCCCAGGCUCUCUAUCUUCUCUGCUACAUCUUCACAACAGACAGAGACAACCCACGCCGGCUUCCAUGCCAGGGACCCUGCCUAACCCCACCAUGCCGGGAUCUUCUGCCGUCCUGAUGCCAAUGGAGAGGCAAAUGUCAGUGAACUCCAGCAUCAUGGGGAUGCAAGGUCCAAAUCUCAGUAACCCCUGUGCUUCUCCUCAAGUCCAGCCGAUGCACUCAGAAGCCAAAAUGGUAAAUACCAACUCCAAGCAUCCUUUCAUGAUUUCAUGAGUUUUUCUUCCGACUUCUGCUCUGACACUAGAAUGUGAGUUAAGCCAGGUAGAGAACUCCGUCUUUGUCUUGGUGAAUAGGUUUUUCUCUGGAAAAGCAGUUCCAGAGAUAUUUGUUACAGACUCUUGGCACUGAUAAUCAUGUCCCAAGCAU